AUGACGCCGCUGAUCGCGGCCUGCAAGGACGGCCGCGGCAAGGUAGUGCUGCAGCUGGUCCUGCACGAACGGGACUUCGACGUCAACGCGCGGGACAGCUCCGGACGCACGGCGCUCAUGCACGCGGUGGUCCGCGACCACCGCCACGCCGUCGUGCACCUCGUGCGCGACGCGCGGGUCGACAUUAACGCCGCGGACGCCGACGACGGCACCACACCGCUGAUGGCCGCGAUCGCAUCGGGCGCCCUCGAGACCGUCGACCUCCUUGUGCACGACGCGCGCACGGACGUGCUCGCCCGGGACAAGCAAGACGCCACCGCGAUUUUGUACGCGGCACGGCACGGCAACACACACGCAGUUCAGGCGAUCCUGGCGCGGGCGCCGGCCGCGAUCGGGGCCGCGGACGCGGCCGGGCAGACGUGCCUGCACGCGGCCGCGAUCGGGGCCGCGGACGCGGCCGGGCGGACGUGCCUGCACGCGGCCGCGGAGAGCGCGCCGGUCGACGUCGUCGCGGCGGUCCUGCGGGGCGGCGCGGAGGUGCCCUCGAUGUUCAACGAACUGCUGAACGCGAAGGAUCGCCGCGGGUGGACGGCGCUGCGGGUGGCGCUGGAGCGCGGGCGCGCGGACGUCGCGCGGCUGCUGAUCGCGUGUCCCGGCGUCGACCUGCGCGACGAAGGACGUCGCGCGGCCUGCCUCCGUGCGUACUGGAGCGCUGCGGAGGAAAGCUGUCCCCAGGUGUUGUCCGACAUCGCCUGCGCGGCCAUCGGGGACCUGGUCGGGCCGGACGACGCCGAUGCCGACACGCCUGGGAAGGCGCAGGACGAGGCGGCGGCGGCGGCGGUUCCGGAGCCCCCCUCGGUGGUGUCAGUCCCCCCCCGGUGGUGUCGGGAUAGUAGUAUCCAGGACAACAAGGAAGGAGAUGUAGAGGGUUGGCGGGGGGUGUCUGGCGGCGAGGCGCGCGCGGUGCUGCUGGCGCCGUGGACGGCGGGCUGCGGCGCGGGGCUGUGCGUCUCGUGCGGCGUGUUUACGCUCCUGAGCGUGCAGUGUUGGUGCGGCCGAGCGUGGCACUUCCAGUGCUGGGCCGCGCAUUGCGCGUGCGUGGCCGCGGCGCCGCCCGCCGGAGCCGCGUGCCCGAGCUGCUUCUCGAGCCAGUAG